UGAAAGUUCUUUGUUCUUAAGUUUUAAUACUAAUAAUGAGGGAAAUAGUUCAUAUACAGGCUGGCCAAUGCGGCAACCAAAUUGGUGCUAAGUUCUGGGAGGUCAUAUCUGAUGAGCAUGGUAUUGACCCCACCGGCACUUACCACGGCGACUCCGACCUACAGCUGGAACGCAUCAAUGUGUACUACAAUGAAGCCACGGGCGGAAAGUAUGUGCCACGAGCCAUCCUUGUCGAUCUUGAGCCGGGGACCAUGGACUCUGUGCGCUCGGGACCCUUCGGACAAAUCUUCCGACCUGAUAACUUCGUCUUCGGGCAGUCGGGCGCAGGCAACAACUGGGCGAAGGGACACUACACGGAAGGCGCAGAACUAGUAGACUCUGUCCUAGAUGUAGUUAGGAAGGAAGCUGAAGGAUGCGACUGUCUUCAAGGAUUUCAACUCACACAUUCCCUCGGAGGUGGCACAGGCGCAGGAUUGGGAACCCUACUCAUCUCAAAGAUUCGAGAAGAGUAUCCCGAUCGCAUUAUGAAUACUUUUAGUGUAGUACCUUCUCCCAAAGUAUCUGAUACUGUAGUCGAACCUUACAACGCCACCCUCUCUGUGCAUCAGCUGGUAGAAAACACUGAUGAAUCUUACUGCAUUGACAAUGAAGCUCUUUACGAUAUUUGUUUCCGUACCCUCAAGUUGACCACACCGACCUACGGCGAUUUGAACCAUCUAGUUUCUGCGACUAUGUCGGGUGUCACCACUUGUCUUAGAUUCCCUGGUCAAUUGAAUGCAGAUUUGAGGAAACUGGCUGUGAAUAUGGUUCCAUUCCCUCGUCUGCACUUCUUUAUCCCAGGGUUUGCGCCUUUGACUUCUAGAGGAAGCCAGCAGUACCGAGCACUGACCGUGCCUGAGUUGACGCAACAGAUGUUUGACGCGAAGAAUAUGAUGGCUGCUUGUGACCCUCGUCACGGGAGAUACCUGACAGUCGCAGCUGUGUUCAGAGGCCGCAUGUCAAUGAAGGAGGUGGAUGAGCAGAUGAUGAACAUUCAGAACAAGAAUUCCUCGUACUUUGUGGAGUGGAUUCCAAAUAACGUGAAGACAGCUGUGUGCGACAUACCGCCACGAGGUUUGAAGAUGUCGGCGACAUUUAUUGGGAACUCAACAGCUAUUCAGGAGUUGUUCAAGCGUAUUUCUGAGCAGUUCACGGCUAUGUUCAGGCGUAAGGCCUUCUUACAUUGGUACACUGGCGAGGGUAUGGAUGAGAUGGAGUUCACUGAAGCGGAGAGCAACAUGAAUGACCUGGUGUCGGAAUAUCAGCAGUAUCAGGAUGCGACUGCUGAGGAAGAAGGCGAAUUUGAUGAAGAAGAGGAGGGUGGUGACGAAGGAGACUAGACGAGUUUUG